AUGGAUGUUAAUCAGGUGUUGACCAACACCCUGUCGACGGAUGCUGCAACGCGUCAAAGUGCCGAGCAACAACUGUUGCAUGCUGCUGAAGUUGACUUUGCUACCUACCUUACGACGCUCGCAGGCGAACUUGCCAAUGAAGCUGCUGCGCCUACCGUUCGAAUUGCUGCUGGUAUCGCGCUGAAAAACUCCUUCACCUUCAGAGAGCUUGACCGAUUGCGGGAAGUCCAGGGAAGAUGGUUGCACCAGCUUAGUCCGGAGAUUAAAAAAACCGUCAAGGAACUCGCAUUGAAGACCUUGAAAAGCAACGAUGCCAGAGCCGGCCAGUCCGCAGCGCAGCUCAUCGCUGUCAUCGCUGCCAUUGAGCUACCGCGUAAUGAAUGGCCAGAGCUAAUGGACACUCUUGUGAAGAAUGUCAACUCUGGUUCAGAUCACAUGAAGCAGGCAUCGCUGACAACGAUUGGGUUCAUCUGCGAAUCCGAUGAGCCGGAGCUUCGCGAAAGCCUAAGUGCGCAUUCAAAUGCCAUCCUCACAGCCGUUGUCCAGGGUGCGCGACGAGAAGAAACUAACGCUGAAGUUCGGAAUGCUGCGCUUACGGCAUUGGGCGAUGCGAUGGAGUUUGUACGGUCGAACUUUGAAAAUGAUGGCGAGCGAAAUUAUAUUAUGCAGGUUGUCUGCGAAGCCACACAAGCUGAAGAUACACGAAUACAAAGCGGGGCUUUCGGUUGUUUGAAUCGAAUUAUGGGUCUUUACUACGAAAAAAUGCGCUUUUAUAUGGAAAAAGCGCUUUUUGGGCUCACAAUCCUUGGUAUGAAGAAUGAGGAGGAAGAUGUUGCGAAGCUUGCUAUUGAGUUCUGGUGUACGGUUUGCGAGGAAGAAAUUGCUAUUGAGGAUGAUAACGCUGCGGCCCAAGCAGAGGGGUCCACUGAAAUCCGCCCAUUUUUCGGCUUCGCUCGUAUUGCCUGUAGAGAGGUUGUUCCUGUUUUGCUACAUCUGAUGACCAAGCAAGAUGAGGAUGCCGUUGAUGACGAUUAUGAUACCUCGCGUGCUGCUUACCAAGCCUUGCAACUCUAUGCCCAGUGCGUUGCUGCUGAAGUGAUCCCCCCGGUCCUGACAUUUGUAGAAGAGAAUCUAAGAAGCGAGGAUUGGCAUCGUCGAGAUGCCGCUGUAUCUGCGUUUGGCGCCAUUAUGGACGGUCCAGAUGCUCAAACGCUCGAUCCAUUGAUCAAACAAGCCCUCCCAGUUUUGAUCGGAAUGAUGGAUGAUAAGGUAAUUCACGUUAAGGAUUCUGCUGCUUAUGCACUUGGCCGAAUCUGCGAUUAUUGCUCUGAAUCUAUUGAUCCAGAAGCUCACCUGCAACCUCUUAUUUCAUGUUUGUUCCAUGGAUUGGCUAGCAACCCAAAGAUCGCGGGCUCUUGUUGCUGGGCUUUGAUGAACCUUGCGGAACGAUUUGCUGGGGAAGCCGGUGCUCAGACCAACCCUCUAUCAAAACAUUUCCAGGACAGUGUUACCUCACUGCUCACUGUUACAGAGAGACAUGAUACUGAUAAUCAACUUCGAACUGCGGCUUACGAGGUUUUGAACUCCUUCGUGACCAAUGCUGCGAAUGAUAGCCUUCCUAUUGUUGCCAACCUUUCAGAUGUUAUCCUUCAACGACUCGAACAAACAGUGCCUAUGCAACAACAAGUUGUCAGCGUUGAGGAUCGUAUCACACUUGAAGAAAUGCAAACGAGCUUGACAAGCGUGCUCUUGGCUAUCGUGCAACGAUUAGAAGGAGAGAUCAAGCCUCAAGCUGACCGUAUCAUGCACGUUCUAUUGCAAGUUCUGUCCACGGUACCUCCAAAGUCAAGCGUUCCAGAUACUGUUUUUGCCACUGUUGGCUCGAUAGCCAGUGCGUUGGAGAGCGAUUUCAUCAAAUAUAUGGAUUCGUUUAUUCCAUUCCUCUACAAUGCGCUAGGUAACCAGGAGGAGGCUGGUCUUUGUGCCAUGGCAAUUGGACUAGUUAGUGAUAUCACUCGAUCAUUGAGUGAGAAGGCUCAACCGUAUUGUGAUACGUUCAUGAAUCACUUGCUUAAUAACUUGAGGAGUACUACCCUCAGCAAUCAACUAAAACCGUCCAUUCUCGAGACGUUUGGAGACAUUGCCCAGGCUAUUGGAUUGCAUUUCGAGACAUAUUUAGUAGUUGUCGCUGGCGUGCUGCAACAGGCAUCCGGUGUUACUGCCAGUCCUGAUGUAUCAUACGAUAUGCUUGAUUAUAUUGUAUCCCUUCGGGAAGGUAUUAUGGAUGCGUGGGGCGGCAUUCUCCUUGCAUAUAAAGGCACACCAAAUGCUAAUGGCCUGCAACCAUACGUCGAGUCGAUCUUCCAACUUCUAAAUAUAAUCGCUCAGGAUAAUAAUCGGAGCGAGGGAUUACUUCGAGCUAGUAUGGGUGUCAUCGGUGAUCUCGCUGAUACAUUCCCUAAUGGUGAAUUUGCGGCGCUUUUCCGCAACGAUUUUGUCUCCAAUUUGAUUCGGGAAACGCGAACGAACAGAGAAUUUGGCCCUCGCACAAUUGAGACAGCUAGAUGGGCUCGUGAACAGGUCAAACGCCAAAUAGGCCUUGCGACGGCACAAGUUAUGUCAUAA